AUGGCUUUGUCAGACAUUGAGACAUGCACAGUAGUUGAUCCAGUGAUGGAAACUGAGAAGACCACUCAUGAAAGGUCUCAGUGGGUGGUCAAUGCUCCUGAUCCUCCAACUCUGAGGCAUAAACUUGUUGGUUCUGUGAAGAACACCAUUUCACAGAAUCAAGCAAGGUGCCAUUCUCUCAGAGGCCAACCCGUACCUAAAGUUGUGCUUUCCUUCUUGAAGGGCAUUUUUCCUAUUCUUGAGUGGGGCCAACAUUAUACAGUAACCAAAUUCAGGAACGAUUUACUUGCAGGUUUAACCAUUGCUACUCUCUGCGUUCCUCAGAGCAUUGGGUAUGCCACUUUAGCAAAGCUUGAUCCUGAAUAUGGCCUAUAUACAAGUGUUGUGCCACCUCUUAUCUAUGCUUUAAUGGGAACCUCAAGAGAGAUAGCAAUUGGACCCGUGGCAGUGGUAUCCCUUCUUUUGCCAUCAAUGAUUCAGAAGUUAAUAGACCCAGCUAAUGAUCCAAUUGGUUACAGAAAACUUGUUUUCACUGCCACUUUGUUUGCUGGUUUAUUUCAACUAGCGUUUGGACUCUUCAGGUUGGGGUUCCUUGUGGAUUUUCUGUCUCAUGCUGCUAUUGUUGGAUUCAUGGGGGGAGCGGCUAUAAUAAUUGGUCUUCAACAGCUGAAGGGACUAUUUGGGAUCAAUCAUUUUACAAACGAAACAGACAUAAUCUCUGUCAUGAAAUCUGUUUGGGAAUCAUCUCAUCAUCCCUGGAACCCCCGCAAUUUUGUCCUGGGAUGUUCAUUCCUCAUUUUCAUCCUGUUUACCAGAUUUGUGGGUAAAAGGAAUAAGAAACUGUUCUGGAUGCCAGCAAUAUCCCCUCUAGUGUCAGUUUUGUUAUCAACUCUUAUAGUUUUUCUGACACGUGCGGACAAAAGUGGAGUUAAUAUUGUCAAACAUAUAAAAGGAGGACUAAAUCCAAGCUCCAUUAAUCAGAUACAGUUGCAUAGCCCCCAUGUUGGAGCAUUGGCCAAAAUUGGACUUCUUGUUGCUGUUGUUGCACUCACUGAAUCGGUUGCCGUUGGCCGAUCUUUUGCAUCCAUGAAAGGUUACCACCUUGAUGGAAACAAGGAAAUGUCAUCAUUAGGCUUCGUGAACAUCAUAGGAUCCUUUACCUCUUGCUAUGUUGCAACUGGUUCUUUCUCCCGCACAGUGGUAAAUUUCACUGCCGGUUGUGAAACAUUAGCGUCAAACAUUGUGAUGGCCAUUACUGUCAUCAUAUCACUGCAAUGUUUCACGAAGCUAUUGUAUUUUACCCCAACUGCAAUUCUUGCUUCAAUAAUCCUUUCAGCUCUCCCUGGACUUAUAGACAUCAACGAGGCCUACAAAAUUUGGAAGGUUGAUAAGGUUGAUUUUCUUGCUUGCAUUGGAGCUUUCUUUGGGGUGCUGUUUGCUUCAGUUGAGAUUGGUCUGCUAGUGGCGGUGGCGAUAUCUUUUACAAAGAUCAUUUUAAUCUCGAUUGGAGCAGGCACAGAAAAUCUGGGAAGACUUCCCGGCACAGAUAUAUUCUGCGAUGUUCAUCAGUAUCCUAUGGCUGCUAAGACUCCCGGGGUAGUAAUAAUACGCAUAAAGUCUUCAUCACUUUGCUUCGCUAAUGCCAAUUCAAUCAGAGAAAGGAUCCUGAAGUGGAUCAUUCAGCAAGAAGCAGAGGGGAACAAGGAAGACCCCAGAAACAUUAUUCACCUCGUAAUCCUUGACACCUCCAAUUUGGUGAGCAUUGACACCUCAGGCAUUGCUUCUCUAGAAGAACUGCAUAAGAGUUUGGUCUCAAGUGGGAAGAAGUUAGCAAUUGUCAACCCAAGGUGGCAAGUGAUUCACAAGCUAAAGGCUACAAACUUUGUCAAAACAAUUGGAGGAAGGGUAUUCUUGACUGUUGGAGAAGCUAUUGACUGCAAGCUGGAUUUCUAA